UAAUUUGCAGAAUUUUCUGGAGGCAGCGUUGGUGGAAUCUUUCAAGAAGCUGGGAGUGGCAUUUAUAAGCGGUCCAUGUUUCACAGGCGUACAGUAAGGCAGGACUGUACUAAAUAUGGUAAAGGAGAAAGUCGAUUCUCUUCUUGUCAUGGAGCAGAGGUGUAACUUUAGUCAAGAUGACCGUUUGGAAAAAAGAUUCCUAGACUUUUGCAGGCUUCCCACAGGCAUCUGGUUGGCUGCUAUGAAAGCAGGAUGCAGGACUACAUGGGGCUUGAUCCAUAGUACUCUGCUUCCUGUAGCUUUCUUAACUUCAGAAGUAUUCAACUCCUGUGCUGUGGAAGCUCCCAGAUGAAAGAAAUUGCCCUAUCGAGGACACAAUUACCGUCUCCACCUGUGAACCAUUAAAGUAUAUGUUGUAUUUUAAUGAUAUGCUGAGAACCUUCUGAUUUAAGGGGCACAAGAACUGAGCAAUGAAUAAAUUACGGCAGAGCUUUAGGAGAAAGAAAGAUGUCUAUGUCCCUGAAGCCAGUAGGCCACAUCAGUGGCAGACAGAUGAAGAAGGGGUUCGGACGGGCAAAUGCAGCUUCCCUGUUAAGUAUCUGGGGCAUGUGGAAGUAGAUGAAUCAAGAGGAAUGCAUAUAUGUGAAGAUGCUGUGAAGAGACUCAAAGCUGAAAGGAAGUUCUUCAAAGGCUUCUUUGGAAAAAGCGGAAAGAAGGCAGUUAAAGCAGUCCUGUGGGUUUCAGCGGAUGGACUCAGAGUUGUUGAUGAGAAAACAAAGGACCUUAUAGUUGAUCAGACAAUAGAGAAAGUUUCUUUCUGUGCCCCAGACAGGAAUUUUGAUAGGGCAUUUUCUUACAUCUGUCGAGAUGGCACAACGCGACGCUGGAUAUGUCAUUGCUUUAUGGCUGUAAAGGACACGGGAGAGAGGUUGAGUCAUGCAGUUGGCUGUGCAUUUGCAGCCUGCUUGGAGCGAAAGCAAAAGAGAGAGAAGGAGUGUGGGGUGACUGCCACAUUUGAUGCCAGCAGAACCACAUUCACAAGAGAGGGGUCUUUCAGGGUUACUACAGCAACUGAACAAGCAGAAAGGGAGGAAGGCAUGAGACAGACACAAGACACAAAAGUUGAAACCGAUGUGAAAAUGGCUGCUUCAAGUAUUGUAUCUGGCAAUACAGCCCAAUCACCAAGUUCCCCAACCUCUCCUACUGCUGAAGUUGCAGCCUCUGUUGACAAAGAGUCAAAUAACCCUCAUGCUAUCCCACGAAGACAUGCUCCCAUAGAGCAACUCGCCAGACAAGGCUCUUUCAGAGGUUUCCCUGCUCUUAGCCAGAAGAUGUCCCCAUUUAAACGACAGCUCUCUUUGCGAAUAAAUGAGCUGCCUUCAACAGUUCAAAGGAAGACUGACUUCCCCAUGAAAAACUCAGUUCCUGAAGUUGAAGGAGAAGCGGAUAGCAUUAGUUCCCUGUGCUCCCAGAUUACAAAUGCAUUUAGCACGCCAUCUGAGGACCCUUUCUCCUCUGCCCCUAUGACAAAACCAAUUACUGCAGUUGCACCACAGUCUCCUGCUUUUCAAGUUAAUGGCACUGCCUCUGCCUUCAGUGUGCUUACUGCUAAACCAACUCAAACUACUGUAGCACCCACAGCAAUACCAGUUCGCGAAACCAAUCCUUGGGCUCAUGCUCCAGCUACUGCUAAAACUGGAGCUGCAGCCACUCUUUCUGGUUCUGAGUGGAGUACCAGCUCAGGAGCUGCCUCACCAAAUCUGUUUCAGGCGAACCACAGACGCACUCCCUCAGAGGCAGACCGUUGGCUGGAAGAGGUAUCCAAAACUGUCCGGUCACAGCAGCCACAGUCACAACCUCCAGCUCCCCAGCCACUUCUCCAACCCCCUGCUGCAGUUUCUCAAGCAGCACCAGCUUUUCCAGGCAGCACCUUCAUUGCAUCUCAGCCAGUGCCUGUCGGUGUGGUGCAGCCUCUGCAACCUACGUUUAUCCCAUCUCAGCCAUAUGCUGUAGCAAAUGGAAUGCCCUAUUCGGCUGCAAGUGUUCCGGUGGUUGGAAUCACCCCUUCCCAAAUGGUUGCAAAUGUGUUUGGCACUGCAAGUCAUACUCAAGUAUCACACUCUCAUCAGUCACCUAGUCUUAUAAAGCAGCAGACAUUUCCUCAGUAUGAAACUAACAGUGCUACUGCCAGCCCUUUUUUUAAACCCCCUCUGCAGCAGCUCAAUGGGUCAGCUGCUUUCAAUGGUGUGGACGCUGCCAAAUGGCCCACAGAGGACAAGCAUGUACUGCCACCUGCAGCUGCCCAGCAGGCUGAUCCAUUUGAAGCACAAUGGGCAGCGCUGGAAAGCAAAUCAAAACAGCGCACCAAUCCAUCUCCAACUAAUCCUUUCUCAAGUGAAUUGCAGAAGACCUUUGAGAUUGAACUUUAAGCAGUCCUCUGGCUUGUGUUUAGUCUAUGUGUAUGUGUGUUGGAAUUGGAUUGGAUGAAAGGAGAUACAGGGGCAGAGGGGACUUGUCAACAGCAUUCUCAUAAUUACUGAUUCCCCCAUAGAAUCAGAAUGGGAAUAUAGAGGGGGAACAAUCGGUGGGGGUGGAGAAGAGGCUCCAAGCCUGGCCACAAAACUUUUGGGAAAUAUAGGAAAUGUUCCUGUACUGCCAGCCUUCCUGCUUGGGAGCUUCAGUGGCAAAGGAAACGUCAAAAGGGUUGAAGAUGGGAAUUGAGCCCUGAAGCCCUUUUCUCACAAAGAACUUCAGAAGACCUCAUAAGACAAACAGCAAAUUAGUCGCCACUAUCCUUUGGAGGUAUCUACCUUUCUGUAUAUGACCCAUUCCUCUGAUGGGAAGAGAAGAGUAACGGGAAUAGAGGCACAGUUGGGAAAUGGGUGGAAGGGAAAAAUGUGAGAGCUGCUUAGCAUAUGCUGUCUGUGGAAAAGGAUGAGCUUCCAUUUUGAGUAACACAAUGAUUAUAUAUAAAAUAAAGCCAAAAUCUUUAUUUUUAUGCAUUUUAGAUUAUUUUAAAUAGUUCUAGAUAAUAAAAGCUGAAUGAGUUGUAAGUAAUCUUGCCAAAGGUAUAAAAUUGGGUGGAUGUAAAAUUGUAUAUAAGAUUGAUUUAUCACUGAUUCUUACAGUCAGUAAUAUGGGAGUAGAAUGGGGAGCAGAGUUCCUAGCUUGUUCUCGUCUGUUCAUUGUAAGUAGCAUAUUGCAACAACAAUCAUGAAUCAUGACCAAUAAAAAAUCACUAUAGAGUAGUUUAAGAGCAGUAUUGUCUUGGUUUGAAAACAAUUGGUACAUUCUGUUUUUUUUAAAAAACAUUCAAACUAGAUAUUAGAUUACAUAUUUCUUUCAUGUACUGCUGCAGUUUCCUUGUCUCAAAUCCUUUUAAACACUACUGUGAUGACUAUAAUCAUAUCUACAAUCAGGUCGACUUAGGAACCCAUUUUAUGUGCAUUGAAUAAUUUGUUUUGUUUUUUAAAAAAGCUUUUCCCCACUGUUGUAUGUGAAAGCUUGUGGAUAGACUGCAGCUAUUCCAUGUUCUCACUCUAGCAAAUCAUGAAAUCCAUCUCAUUUUUAAUUUUACUCUUAAAACUUGGCCUUACAAGCAAAUGUAAGUUAUAUAUUUGUACUGAUGAUGAUUUAUAAUCUGCUUUAACAGAAAUAAAUGUUGGUAGUAGAUGA